AUGAAACCUCUUCUGACACUGCUGUUCCUCGGAAUCCUGCUGCAGGUAACCCUGGCAAAGGAGAAAAUGCAAGAAAAAGAGGAGGAGCAGGCGGAUGAGUCGAAGGCGGUGAGUGCAAAGGAAGCGAAGGACGGUGCAGUGCUUCCGGCCUGUGCGCGGUUUGCGAUGCAGAAGACGAAGAGGAGGGGCGAGUCCAAGAAUACGAAGUCGACGAGGGGUGAGUCCAAGGAUACGAGGUCGAAUGAAAAUAAGUCGCAGGAGGGUGAUUCAAAGGCGAAUAAGUCGAAGAACGGUGAGUCGAAGGAGAAUAAGUCGACGGACUGUGAGUCGAAGGAGGGUGAGUCGAAGUAG